AUGUAUUUGCUAUUAGUAUUUGUGGGCUAUUUGGGUGUGGCCAGCUGCAGCGUAUUUAAUCUGCAUUUACAGGCAAAUGUAGGAGAACUUUUUACGUUUAAAAUCGAGCCGCAGCUCUUUAAUUGGACCCAUCAAGUAAUAAGCGAACAAUUUCGCUAUAGACCAUCGCUUCAGCACUAUCCCGAUUUGCCCAGCUGGAUGCGUUAUAUGUAUAGCCAUGAAUAUCAUGCGGGCUUUCUCUAUGGUACGCCCCCCGUUCCGGCUGCUGGGAAGACCCUGAAUCUCGACGUGAUCGCUUUAAAUAGACAAAAUUAUGAAACUCGCCAAUUGGUUAUAUCGAUGUUUGUGGCUCAUAAGUUCAUAACGCCCAAUGUGGUGCAGAUGAAAAUAGAUAAUUUGAAUUGGGUGCACUUGAUGGAUCCGGGACGUGUGGAGAACUUACGCAACAUAUUCCGCAAGGAUCUCUGGCCGGAUAGCAAAGACGACUUGAGUGUGGUUUUCAUGGAGUCUGCCAUUAAUAUGGGCGGACGUCUACCACUGCGGCCACAACAGCGGGAAGGCGUCAUUGUUCACGUGGGCAGCUUUGCUCAGUUCUCGCCGCGUCUCAAGGAGCUUCAGGAGGAAGUGCGACCACUGUAUAAGCUGCCCUCCUGCACCUACAAACGAACCUCAGUGCAAAAGAUUUUCGAAAAUGUCGGAUUUAAGCUGGAUUGGUGCGCCUUUAAGAUGGUGGGCAUCGAGUCACCCACCGAGGUGCUCUACCACAAUAAUCAUGGGCGUGUCAAAGAACAGCUCAAGGAGCAUCGGCAUCAGCAGCCGCAACGGCAACAGGACCGCUGGCUAGGCAUACCACGCGAAGAUGUGCCCAUCCGAAAUUACAUUGAUGAAUUUGCCUUCGCCUUUGCCAUUCCUGGCAUGAUCUUUGCCGUUCUCGUGGGCAUAUUGUCCGCCGUGCUCUGCUUCCAGCAUCAGAAAUUUUACGAUCCACAAUCAGAGUUAUUUUUUGCAAAUAUUUUUAAUAUAUGCGAAGAGUCUUGUGCUGCAACGCCCAACGAUUCGGAUGCUGAUGAGGACAGCUCAGUCCACAUAGACUAUCCUCCUAUGUCCUCCACCGUGCAAAUGGUUCAGUGCUCGGACACAAAGCCCAUGCAGCCGGUGACAACGCUGAAGAGUCUGAAGGAUCCCAAUUUUCUACUCGACAACACCAGCAUGCGUUCACAAAGUCCAAACAAUAGUUUAUAUCAGCUGGACACAGGUGCAUCGGGCAUAUACGCCCGCCCCAAGCCUCCGCCGUACAAGGGCGGCACUUUGGGUCGCAAUGGCGUGGACAUUUGACAAACAUCACCGCGAGUGCUCUAUUGCUAAAGGCGCUAUAAAU